AUGAAGCUUUUGGGAUUGUUGGCAAUUGCAUUUGGUGCUAUCAACGCUCUUAAGACCAAGGCCCUUCACCUUAACUGUGAACAGGAGCUUAAGCCUUACAAUGCUGUGCUGGAUGCCAAGUGCAUGGCAUUUGCCCUGAACGGAAGCAACAUCAACGAAGCAAUCAGAUACCUCAAGGCAAUGAACAUCGAGAAAGCAUAUGUACUCUACUGGAACGACCACGAUCUUCGUCAGAAUCCCAUGGUUCUCUACAGUAACGGGACUCUUGCUCCUCUUGACCCACACACAAACACAGCAAAGUACGUCCUUUGUGUUGAGACCUGCACCUGCCCAGGAUCCGAGAUUAGGCCUUCUGCCCCUGCUCCAUGCGAGAAGAUAUAUAUCGAGAACAAUGGGUCUGUCCCAUGCGAGAAGAUAUAUAUUGGAGGAGAGACCACCACUUGCAAGAAGAUUGUUGUCAACCCUUCUCCAAAGAGAGAGUGUAUUCCAUGCGAGCCCUGCGAUUCUAGCAGCAGUGAUGAGGUGUGCAAGGACAAGAGAUGCAAAGUCUUCCCAAGGGUAUGCAAGAAGGCAUGUGGAUCAAGGCAUCGUAGAUCCCCAAAGAAAGUUGAGGUUGUGAAGAGUCAGAAGACAUUCACAUUCGAUGUUGAGAAGUAUCGAAGAAGAGGAGAGGUUGUUGUCAGAGUUUGCUCUAAGGACUCCAAGGAUAAGUUCGAGAAGUUUGUCCUGUCUAGGAAUGGAGAGAUCAGAGGAAAGAAUGACAAAUGUGUUCCCGAGGUUCUCCCAAAAUGCCUUAGAUGCCCAAGCAAGGUCUACAAGCUCAAGAAGCGAAUUGAGCGUGAUGUCUGCCAGAAGGUUUGCAUGUACAUCAACAGCAAGUGCGAGAUCUUUGUACUGAUUGGUGAUUGUGAAUUCUACAGGGUUAUUGUCAGAGAAAACGGAAGGCACAGAGGUCUCCGUCUUAGAAAGGUUCGAGGGCACAAGCUCAAAGAGCUCAUCAAGCACGGUCUCUUUGGUGUUGAAUUUGGUCCUGUGGAUUGCAACUGA